CCUCGCCACUUUCUCCAGCCAAGAAGCUAGCUUUGCCUUCCCAGCUUUACUCUACAAGCAUGUCCUCAGACGUGCAGCCGUGUGAUGAAGCGGACCAACUAACUACCAGAGAGCUCCGGACGAAGGAAACCCGCGGCACGAGUAGCAGAAAAGUCUGAGAGCAGGGGCAUCCCAAGUUGUUUGACAGUGGAAGUGGCGGUUUACUGUACAGUAGCUCAGGCGGACUUCCUCACCCCUUCAUUACAUGCAGUGAGCCCAUGCCACUAACAGUUGCAAAGGUGAUUCAAAGCUUAAAUUCCAACUGAAUAGAAGAACAUCCCCAAGACCAGAUGCAAUGGAGAUGUUCAAUUUCACCAACUUCACCUACUGGAAUGCCUCUGAAGGCAAUGACGCAGGGCCUGUCAUUGAACCCGAAAGCCCAUACAAGACUGUGGAGGUGGUGUUCAUUGUAUUGGUGGCUGGGUCCCUCAGCCUGGUCACCGUUAUUGGAAAUAUCCUGGUCAUGCUUUCCAUUAAGGUUAAUAGGAACCUACAGACUGUCAACAACUACUUUUUAUUCAGCCUUGCAUGUGCUGACCUAAUCAUCGGGCUGUGUUCCAUGAACUUGUACACAGUUUACAUAGUGAUUGGCUACUGGCCCUUAGGGCCUGUGGUGUGUGAUCUGUGGUUAGCCUUGGACUAUGUGGUGAGUAACGCAUCUGUCAUGAACCUACUCAUCAUCAGUUUUGACAGAUACUUCUGCGUCACAAAGCCCCUCAGCUACCCUGUCAAAAGGACCACCAAGAUGGCAGGGAUGAUGAUUGCUGCUGCCUGGGUCCUCUCCUUCAUUCUGUGGGCCCCGGCCAUCCUUUUCUGGCAGUUCAUCGUGGGCGGGCGGACAGUGCCUGAGAGGGAGUGUUACAUUCAGUUCUUCUCUAAUGCAGCAGUCACCUUCGGCACGGCCAUCGCAGCCUUCUACCUGCCUGUUAUCAUCAUGGUCAUUCUCUACAUACAGAUCUCUAUAGCCAGUAAAAGCCGGGUGAAGAAGGAGACCAGGAAGCCGUCAGGGCCCAACCCAGAGGCCCUGUCCACCGAGCAGGCAAGGGGCAGUAAUACUGCCAAGCCCAUCAACAACAACAUGACAGCAGAGGACACAGAGCAGGGCAGGACCCAGGCCACAGAUGACGUGGCCAACCAGCACGACGGAAAACUGCAGAACGGCAAGGGCCCGUCCACCACGGGUGGAGAGGGGGAGAUGGAGGGAGAGGAUGGGGGCAGGGAGAACUGUGCCCACGGAGAGGAGAAAGAGAGCUCCAACGACUCGACAUCUGGCAGUGCAGCUGCGUCCAACCACAAAGACGAGGAAGUGGUGCCAUCCAGAGCAAACUGCAACGCCGAGCUCGUUCAGCAGCCAACCCGCCACCGGGCCAAGGCAGGCGGCUCCAAACUCACCUGCAUCAAGAUUAAGACCAAUUCUCCCAAGGGGGACUGUUACACGCCCUCCAACGCCACGGUGGAGAUCGUCCCUGCCACGGAGAAGCAGAACCACGUGGCACGGAAAAUAGUGAAGAUGACCAAGCAGCCGCCCAAAAAGAAGAAAGCGCCACCGUCUCGGGAGAAGAAGGUGACCCGUACCAUCAUGGCCAUCCUAGUGGCCUUCGUGGCCACCUGGACCCCUUACAAUGUCAUGGUGCUCAUCAACACCUUCUGCUCCAGCUGCAUCCCCAGCACGGUCUGGACUAUCGGCUACUGGCUGUGCUAUAUCAACAGCACCAUCAACCCCGCCUGCUAUGCCCUCUGCAAUGUCACUUUCAAAAAGACAUUCAAACAUCUCCUCCUCUGCCAAUACAAAAACAUUAGGUCAGCUAGAUGAAUAUGGCUGCGAGUGUAUGUGUGUAUGUGCAUGCGUGCACGUGUGCGUGUGUGUGUGAGAGAGGUUUAUGAUGCGGUUCCUUUUCUUUGUUUCAACUCUACGGCUCAUAAGACAACACGUAUCCUGCAGCCAUGUUGGGUUUGACUCUGAUGUAUGAGAUUUGUGAUGCAACUGUUGAGACAUAAGACUUACAAAGAAGCACACAGCCAGAAGAACAAAUAGACAGAACAUGAAAAGGAUAGAGAGCUCUGCACUGCACAAUGCCAAUGCUAAGGGAAAAUAGGGCUGACUGAAUGCACAAACCUCCCGUUUGAAAUUCAGUGUAAAAAAAAAAAGAAACCUGUACAUAUCAAUGUAUACGCAAAAUGUAAAUGUGUGUUAGUGUGUGUGUGUGUGUGUGUGUGUGCGCAUCUGUCUGAGCGUGACAGAAUGAUCCAUCACACAGUUUCAGUGGAGAUGUCCGCCAGAAACGACAGCACAAGGACAUACAGUACAUCCUACAAGCUGUUUCUGUAUUCCAGUGGCACUCUGUGUUGGAGACAUAUGAAGCGGAGCAGCUUGUCUAAAUUGCCUCUCUGGCAUGUUCAUAUACGAUUGAGUAACAUGGCUGGGAGCCCUCCUAUCUCCAGCGAUGGACCAUAAGAGGCCCCUGAAGGGCAUAGCAGGACAGAGACCAGGGCUGACCAGGGUCACCACCCACCACAAUGUAGGACGGAGGUUAGGGUGCUUGCUGUGAAAAAGUAUAUUCUUUCCACCGAAGAAAAAGGUGAAAAAAGGUCAUAACUAAACAAAUAAAUAGAUAAUGUAAAAAUACAUCCAAAAAGGCAUUGUUCAAGUACGUUAUUUUGCUUGUCAUUUGUUUUCCACAUCAUUUUAGAUGAUAGCGAUUUUAUCGCUUACAUUUCAUGACGAGUUUUAUGUUUAUUUGAUCGUAUAUUAAGAUAUUUUUUCUGUCAGAUUGUCUACACUCUUAGAAAAAAAGGUGCUAUCUAGAACCAAAAAGGGUUAUUCGG